AUGACCAUUGAAACAAAGCAUGUGGUGGUGAUACAGGAUGCAUCUAAACUAAUUUUUAAAGUAUUUUCUUGGGUUAUAAAUGGCUUAUCUCUCAAGGCAGGAGAUAUGGUCACCUUAUUUGCAAUCUUGCAUGAGGUUUACAAUCCUAUGGGUUAUAAAACCAAGAUGGACAACAAUGGAUUGGUUGGAGUAAACCAGCGAAUCAUUGACGGAGAACUUGCAAGGAAGAAGGAAGAGUAUUUGAACCAUGAGGAGCUUGCAAAGAUUGCCGAAUUGUAUGACUCAAAUGAGGUUACAUUUAAGAUACAGUUGUAUGCAGGAUCUUCACCAAAAGAUUUUGCUAUAGAAGGCGCCAUAAAUCUAAAGGCAACUUGGGUGAUACUUGACAGGCAAAUGAAGAAAGAUGAAGAGUUUUUCAUGCAGAAGCUUUCAUGUGGAAUAUCUAGAAUACUGGGUAAAAAUCACAUAGAACGCAUAAGAGGACCUAUAGAUGUCGCAGUGGAAAUACAAUGCAACAGUCAUGAAACAUACCCUGAAAGUUUACCAGAAAGUCCAGGCGAAGAUGUUUCCAACGGUCCAAUCAAUGUUGAAGAGGCGAGCCAGAUAAAUUUUAGGCCCGAUAAAGAUGAGGGGUGCUCAACAUUCAUUCCUAGCAUGGAUGUAACUGAUAUAAGCAGUAACAAAAUCAUAAACAAAAUAGGAGAUAAGCAAUGCCAACAGGGUGAAGAACAUAUUGAAAAAAUGGCUUAUGAGGAUGAUAUGGGCACAACACUUGUGACUAACAAUGAUCAAGCAAAAGAUCUUCGUAUGAGCCAGGAUCAAGGAAAAAAUGGCUCAAGGUGUUCUAUAUGCUCUAUCUGCAAAACUAGAAGACCUAAUAUUGAAUGGCAAAAGGAAUUUACUUAUGAAGAAGUGGAAGCAGCCACAGAUGGAUUUUCAUUGAAGAACUGUCUCCCUGAAAGUGGAAAUCCAUUCUCCACUUUCAAAGGCAAGCUAGAGGGAGAGCUGAAUAUAGUUGUUAAGCAGCAUGAAAUAACAAACAUUCAAGUAAGGGAAAAAAUGAUAUCAGAAGUUCAAACCAUCGUCAAAGCUAGACAUAACAAUGUGGUUAUGCUAUUGGGUUCAUCUACAAAAGAUCGUUUCAUGUUGAUUGUAUACGAGUAUGCAUGCAACGGUUCACUUGACAUGUAUCUAUCAAGGGAAAACUGCAGAAAAUUGGCCUGGAGUGAAAGGCUAAGAGUGGCAAUAGGCCUCUCCAGAGGUCUAAAGUACCUACAUGACAAUAACAUUAUUCAUGGAAAUAUAAAACCGAGCAACAUUCUUCUAACACAUGACUUCAAACCACUGCUUGGAGAUUUUGACCUUGGGAAAAAACUCGAACCGAAGAAGUCCUUCAAUAACAAAAGCAUAGGGAAUUCUGAAUACACGGCACCAGAAUAUCAGGAGAAAGGAAAACUAUCAACUAAAACAGAUGUAUACUCGUUUGGUGUGGUUAUUUUAGAGUUGAUUACAGGACGCAAUGCCACGGAUAAAAUAUCAGGAGAAAAAAGACUUGUUGGAUGGGCAAAGCCUCUUCUAGGAGGAAAGAAGUAUUCAGAGUUGGUGGAUCCUAUAAUAAGCAACACAUAUGAAGAAGACCAACUUCGCUGGUUGGUUAAAGUUACAGCACAAUGUCUCAAAAAGAAGCCUAAGGAAAGGUUAUCCAUGAACAUGGUUGUUUCUGCAUUACAAGGCAUUGCAGAUAGCGAACAAUGCAAUAUUACAGAAGAAUUAACUUUAGUUACAUCAGAUUCUAGAAUUGGGUCUGAUAUUGAUGGUUCACAAGUUACAUUACAUGGAAUAACAGACAGAAAACAGUGCAACAUGACAGAGGACAUUCCUCAAGUUGUAUCAAAUUCAAGAGACAUAGAUCUCCUGAGUCCGAAAGAGGAGCAGAUAGAAAGAAUCUCCUUUGAUGAGGAAAGUUGGUUAAGAAUAAAAGUUGAAAACAAUCAAUUUUACACGAUAGCCCAUGAAAGUUCUGAUAUAUUGAGCCAGAUUGAUGAGCACGUGCAGAGCCUGCCAAAAGAUUUGGACUUAGGAAACAUGAUAAUAAAUCAACAUAUGAUGGAUCAGACAGUAGUCGCUGAGAUGAGUGAUUUUGAACUAAAUUUGAAGAGCAACCACAAUGAGAACGAUGUUCCAGCACAGAAAAUUAGUAAUAACCGCAUGAUUGGUCAUGAUCAAGAAGAUGAGACGAGCUUGGUUCAAAUGAAAAGAGGCUUACAACCUGUACCUAUUAGUGGAAUAAUAGUUCAAAAAAAACUUCAGACUAGCUUUACUGAGAGUUCGCAUGAUGGACAUCAAGAAGAAAUCAUUUUAGAGAAAUCAAAAUCCUCCGCAUGCUCUAUUUGCAAAAGUAAACGACCAAAAAUUGUACGGAUGAAAGACUUUACUUGUGACGAACUCGUAGAAGCAACUAAAGGAUUUUCAGUUGAGAACUCUCUGUCAGAAAGUGAAGAUGGACCUACAUUCAAAGGGCUUCUUCUAGAGAGUAAGGUGAAAAUAGUUGUUAAGAAACAUCAAAUGACUAGGUCGCAGGAAGAGAAGACAUUCAAGUCAGAAGUUCAGUUGUUCACCAAUGUUAGACACAAAAAUGUGGUCAUGCUGUUAGGAUUGUGUACAGAUAAAAGUCAAUUGAUGAUUGUAUAUGAGCAAGUAUGCAAUGGUUCUCUUGACCAUUAUCUAUCAAGGGGAAAUUUCCAGUCAUUGACAUGGAAGGAAAGAAUGAAAAUAUCAAUAGGUACUAGUAGAGGUUUAAAGUAUCUACAUGAGAAUAAGAUAGUUCAUGGAAGUAUAAAAGCAAGUAACAUUCUUCUAACACAUGACUUUGAACCGCUGAUUGGAGAUUUCGGAUUUGGAAAAGUGAAACUGGAACCAAAGAAGUCCUACAAAGAUAAAAGUGGACGAGAUUUUGGAUAUACAGCACCUGAGUAUUUGGAGAGUGGGAAAUUAUCAACUAAGACAGACGUGUACUCCUUUGGAGUGGUUCUUUUAGAACUGAUCACCGGUCGGAGAGCAAUGGACAAGUUACAAGGAGGCAAAAACCUCGUUGGAUGGGCAAAGCCGCUGCUGGGAGGAAAGAAGUAUCCACAGUUAGUGGAUUCGAAAAUCAGUAACACCUAUGAAGAAGAGCAACUUCAAUGGUUGAUCCAAGUAACAGAAAAAUGUCUCAAAAAGAAUCCCAAGGAAAGAUAUUCAAUGAAUAUGGUUGUAUCUGCAUUACAAGGCAUAACAGAAUCAGAUGACUGUUGUGUAAUUGAAGAUUCUUCUUCUUCUUCUUCAGAAAAAUCUUAUUUACCAAACGAUGAGCCGGCCAUGCCCAUGACUACUAAUUCACAUGGUCAUAUGAUGGCUGAUCCGGUAAGCUGGGAAGCAGAACUGAUUGACAGAAACACAUGCAAGGCAGAGACAAACUUCAUAACAGCAAUUACAACUAAUGAUACGAUUGAACAUAUCAAGGAAAAUCAAUACAAAAAAGAAAGCUUCCACAUAGAAGAGAAUGAUAUAGAGAAAAAACAAGUAAAUAAACAAGAAAAGAUAAUCCUGGACGAAAAACCAAUCCAAGACAGCUAUGAAAAUGAGGGCUUAUUGAAUGAAAAUCAAGGAGAAACCAUUUUGGAGAGUAUUUCAAAGUCUUCUGUAUGCUCAAUCUGCAAAAGUAAACGCCCAAAUAAUGAGUGGCAAAGGAAAUUUACUUAUGAAGAAAUUGAAGCUGCUACAGAAGGAUUUUCAAUAAAGUAUUCUCUAUCUGAAGGUGCAUAUGGACCCGCCUUCAAAGUUCAGCUGGAUAAUAAGAUGAAAGUAGCUAUUAAGAAAAUUCAAGUCUCAAGCUUGCAGGAAGAGAAGGUGUUUGUGUCAGAAAUUCAGUUGCUCGCAAAUACUAGACAUGAAAACAUGAUCACGCUUCUUGGUUCAUGUAUACGACAAAAUCAAAUGCUGAUCGUAUAUGAGUACGCAUGCAACGGUUCGCUUGACCAGUACUUAUCAAGCAAAAGUGGUAGACUAUUAUUGACUUGGAGAGAAAGGAUGAAAAUUGCAACAGGGGUAUCCAGAGGUCUGAAGUAUCUACAUGAGAAUAACAUAAUACAUGGAAGAGUAAAACCAAGUAACAUUCUUCUAAAUCAUGACUAUAAAUCAUUGCUUGGAGAUUUUGUGUUUCCAAAAGAAAGACGGGAAUUGAAGAAUAGCUGCAAGGAUAAAAGUGUUAAAAAUUGUGGAUACACUGCACCGGAGUGUAAGGAGAGUGGAAAAGUAUCGACAAAGGCAGAUGUGUACUCUUUUGGUGUAAUUCUUUUAGAAUUGAUCACAGGAUGUAUGGUUUCAGAUAAGAUACAAGGACGGAAAUGUCUUGUUGAAUGGGCAAGGCCACUUCUAGGAGGAAGGGAGUACCUACAAUUGAUGGAUCCUGAAAUCAGCAGCUCCUAUGAUGAAGAGGAACUUGCUUCAUUGGUCCUAGUAUCAGAAAAGUGCCUCAGAAAUAACCCCAAGGAAAGGUUUACAAUGAAUAUGGUUGUCUCGUUAAUGCCAUCUGUAGUUCAUAUCAAUGACAUUAAUGCAAUUGAAGACUCUUCAUCAGAAAAGUCAGAUGAUGUUUCAGAUGUAACAAGCUCAGAAAUUCAGGAGGAACUAGGAGAAGAAGAAGGUUUAGUCACAAGUGAAGAAAGAGAAAACAACAUAAGAUGUAGUAGAAAAAAGAGUGAUUGGUACACAACUAGUGGCGGAAAUUGCAUGGAAACAAAGGAAAAAGAAAGGUGUGAAUCUUAUGGUGGAGCUAGACACUUUUUCCUAGAUGGGGCUCAAGAAUAUAUUGCAUGUGAAGAAUUAUUUAGCUUGUGUAAUUCGAUUUGA